AUGCCAUUUGAACAUGCCUUCCUCUUUUCUUCCCAGGGAAUGGCUUUUACACUUGAAGAGAGGCUGCAGCUGGGAAUUCACGGCCUCCUUCCUCCUUGCUUCUUGAGUCAAGACGUUCAAGUCCUUCGUGUUAUGAAAAACUACGAGAACAAAUCUAAUGAUCUAGACAAGUAUAUUGUUCUUAUGACAUUACAAGACAGGAAUGAGAAGCUUUUCUAUCGAGUGCUGACCUCCGACAUCGAGAGAUUCAUGCCCAUCGUUUACACCCCAACGGUUGGCCUCGCUUGUCAGCAGUAUGGUUUGGCUUUCAGGAGACCACGGGGGUUGUUUAUCACCAUCCAUGACAAAGGCCAUAUUGCAACAAUGCUAAACUCUUGGCCUGAAGAAAAUAUUAAGGCUAUCGUGGUGACAGAUGGAGAGAGGAUUCUCGGUUUAGGAGAUCUAGGAAGUUAUGGCAUGGGUAUCCCAGUGGGGAAGCUUGCUUUGUACACAGCUUGUGGUGGAGUUCACCCACAGCAGUGUCUCCCCGUCCUGCUGGAUGUUGGCACAGACAAUGAGGCUCUCCUGAGUGAUCCAGACGAACUGAUUGAUGAGUUUAUGCAGGCAGUUACCAACAAGUAUGGCAUGAAUUGUCUGAUCCAGUUUGAAGAUUUUGCCAACGCUAACGCUUUUCGUCUCCUCAAUAAAUACCGCAACAAAUACUGUACAUUCAACGAUGAUAUUCAGGGCACUGCGUCUGUUGCAGUCGCUGGCAUCUUUGCAGCCUUAAGGAUCACAAAGAACAAGCUCUCUGACCAUAAGUUUGUUUUUCAGGGAGCUGGAGAGGCUGCAAUGGGCAUAGCUCAUCUCAUCCUCAUGGCCUUGGAAAAGGAAGGAAUUUCACAAGAGGAUGCCAUCAAAAAAAUUUGGAUGGUGGACUCCAAGGGACUGAUUGUGAAGGGCAGGAGCCACCUGAACCAUGAGAAAGAAAUGUUUGCCCAGGACCACCCCAGUGUGAACACACUGGAAGAGGUUGUGCAGAAAGUGAAGCCUACGGCAAUUAUAGGUGUCGCAGCCGUCGCAGGAGCUUUCACUGAGAAGAUUCUGAAGGACAUGGCAACCUUCAAUGAGAGGCCCAUCGUGUUUGCCCUGAGCAACCCCACGAGUAAAGCGGAGUGCACAGCGGAGCAGUGCUACCGCCUCACCGAGGGACGGGGAAUAUUUGCAAGUGGGAGUCCAUUCUCAAAGGUUACCCUGCCCAAUGGACAGACCUUCUUCCCUGGCCAAGGAAACAACGCCUACGUCUUCCCAGGAGUGGCACUGGGAGUCAUUGCCUGCGGAGUCCGGCACAUCUCCGAUGAUAUCUUUCUCAUCACAGCAGAGGCUAUUGCUGCUGAGGUGACAGAGCAGAAUCUUGCCGAAGGACGACUCUAUCCCCCCUUGGACAGCAUCAGAGAGGUGUCUCUCAAAAUCGCCGUGAAAAUUGUUGACUGGGCCUACAAGCAUGGUCUUGCUUCUUGGUACCCCGAGCCAGCAGACAAGGAAGCCUUUGUGAAACAGCUCGUUUACAGUCCUGAUUACGAUUCAUUUGUUCUUGACGAUUACAGGUGGCCCCCCGCAGCCAUGCAAACACAAGAUGUUUAA